AUGUCACUCUGCCAAGAUGAGCCGAAAUUCGGACACGACAUGCGUCGGCAUUUCUCGUUCGCUCCGGGUUAUCGAAAUCUGAAUCAUGGGUCUUUUGGAGCAUCGCCAACCGUGAUUCGCAACCGAGCAAACGACCUACGCGAGGAAUGCGAGGCAACUCCGUGUCCUUUUAUCAAGUACCGCUUCCCUCAACUUCUGGACGAUUCUCGGGCUGCUAUAAGCAGCUUUCUUGGUGUACCUGACUCCACAAUCGUUUUCGUUCCGAAUGCGACCACCGGUGUCAACACAGUUCUACGGAACAUAGUAUGGAAUAGCGAUGGAAGAGACGAGAUCCUUCAGCUGGAUGUGAUAUAUGGAGCUUGUGCGAAAACAGCACAAUACGUCUGUGAGGCCAGUGGUGACAAGGUCCGCACCCGACAGGUUGGGUUUACAUACCCGGUCGAAGACUCUGAGAUCGUUAUAACCUUUCAAAAAGCAGUAAAGUCUUCACGCUUGGAAGGCAACCGCCCGCGCGUUGCCAUAUUCGAUACUAUUGCCUCAAACCCCGGGCUCCGACUCCCAUUUGCCGAGCUCACCGCGGCCUGUCGCGCAGAGGGAGUACUAAGUUUGAUCGACGGUGCACAUGGAAUCGGACAGAUCGAUCUUAAUCUGUCAAAAUUAGACCCAGACUUCCUGGUCAGUAACUGCCAUAAGUGGCUUUUCACUCCUCGCAGUUGUGCUGUGUUCUAUGUUCCUGAGCGCAACCAAGCCAUGAUCCGAAGCACUCUGCCAACGAGCCACGGGUUUAUUGCACGGUCCCAAGAGAACUCAUGCGUCAAUGCAACAGACUUCGUCUCCAAUUUUGACUUUGUGGGAACCACUGACAGUGUUCCUUUCCUGACGGUGCCUGAAGCCAUUCAGUGGAGACAGACAGUUUGCGGCGGGGAGGACAAAAUCCGGCAGUAUUGUAUUCAGCUUUCUCGCAAAGGUGGCCAAAGGGUUGCUGAAAUCCUAGGGACUAAGAUCCUAGACAAUGUUUCCCACAGCUUGACGGAGUGCUGUAUGGUUAACAUUCUCCUACCUUUGACAAAGCCUACUUCUGGAGAUGAAAGUAUGAUCAAAACGGCUGGGGCUCCGAGUAUCACAGUUACAGAUUGGAUGCAGCAGACCAUGAUCGGGAGAUUCAAAACAUUCAUGCCGGUCUUUCCUUUCCAGGGGUCUUGGUGGGUUCGGUUGAGUGGGCAAAUCUAUCUCGAGGAGAGCGACUUCGAAUGGGCGGGCUGGACGCUGAAAGAUCUUUGUAAAAUGCUACUCGAUGAGGAAAAAUCCAAAUGA